AUGACUGGACGUGGUGGAGGCGGCGGUCGCCGCGUCUUGCUGCCCCCGAUCAACAUGAUCUUUAAGCUCCUCCAGACCAACGCUACCGUCAGCGUGUGGCUGUACGAGCAGCUCGGUAUCCGCGUGGAGGGCAAGAUUCGCGGCUUCGACGAGUUCAUGAACCUGGUCAUCGACGACGCCGUCGAGGUCGGCCUGGUCACCAAGACGAACGAGAAGGAGUGGCGGAAACCCCUGGGCCAAAUUCUCCUCAAGGGCGACAACGUGUCACUGAUCCAGAGCGUCGCCUCGUCGUAA